AUGGACGGAACUAUACAUAAUACACUUCAGAAUCAUCUUCCACUUCUCUCUCACUAAAAAUCUCAUUCUACAAAGGGAGAUGAUUUAUUGACUCAAACUGUGAUUGAAUUAUAUCUGAAUUUGAAGCAAAGAUUGAAGUAAUUUUCUAGUGGAAAGAUAACUUUAAGCGAUGACACUUCAGCUAAAAAUCAACAGAUAGAUGAGACUGCAGCAUAAGUUGAAGAGGAGAAAAAGAGACUUAGUCAACUUGGUAAUUUAGUAGUCAUUGAUUAUAUAAGAUCUUCAAUGGAUAUACUUUUGAAUUUAAAGAUUGAAAGUGCAAUGCUUGAAUAAAAGGAUUAGAAAAACUAAUACUAGGCAGAUACUUAUAUAAACAGCAGCCGUGGUGGACAUGGAGCUUUAAGCUACGAUAUCGGUACUGAUAGUUAACGUUCGAGUUAAUAAUCAAUAAUGACAUUGAGAGAUGGACCACCCCAGGUUUAUGAAGAAAUCAUUAUAUCAUUAGAAGGUGACGUGAGGAAACAUAUAAGAAUCGAGUAGCAGUUAAAGUUACAUAUUGAGAGUAUCGAAUUCAGACUUGACGAACUCGAGAGCGAUAAUGAAAAAAUGUUGAAGGAAAUCUAAAAUCAUUAGUAAUUCAAUAACUAGUUUCAAAAUGAAAAGAAGAUUUAGAUAGAGUACUUUGAAAAAGAAAUAUCGAAACUAAAACAAGAGUUGAGAGACUAAGAAAGUAAAUUUCAACUUGAGAGCAGAUCUAUGAAAGAAAGAUUUCAAAUUGAAAAGGAUCAGCUAACCUCAGAGAUUCAUAAACUUAAACAGGAAAAUUCUUAAUAGAAGAAUGCUAUUAACAUUAGCAAUCCAAGUAGUAAAAGUCAGCAGUCAAUUUGUAAUUUAUGCCGACAAAUGAUGUCUCCCUCCAGAACUCAAAAUUUUUCAUUGUACAACAUAAAUGAAUAGAUUGUGAAUAGAAGUAAUAGCAAAAAUAAGACAGAUCUAUCCCUUGAUACAAUUGAUAAGAAAUUUUCGAGUAUUGGAGGAGCAAGUAACUCAACCAGUACAAAUAAAAAAAUAUUAUUCAAGAGAACAACUAUAGCAGGUGGAUGUAGCUGUCCUUGCCAAUAUUGUUAAUUAGCUCAUUAAAACACUUCAUCUAACAACAAAGGUAAUUUUACGAAUACUUAAGAUAUGAGUGCAAGUGGGAUCUCUAAUAUCUCUAAUCUUACUUAAACAGGAAUAAUUAAUAACAAUAGCAAUAAUAACUACAUUCAAAAUUAGAAAAAUUUAUUGACUAAUGAUAAAAAAUUAAACAAUAAAUCUAACUUGCAAUAACCACAUCUUAAUAAUUUACAAGCAUUGAAUGAUCAAAAUGAUUUACUUAAAAUGUAAUAAGACAUAAACAAAUAUCUUUUGGUAGAAAAAAGGUAAUCAGGUUCGAAAAACAGACAAAAUGCCUCUAAUCAACCAAUUAAGUUGGGCUUAAGCACGGUGGCUAUUGCUUCAAGUACUCCAGAUAAAAACAUGAAGACAAAUUUUGCCAUUUUAAAUGCAUCUCUGAACUCAGGCUAGAAUAGAAAAAAUAAGAAAAUUGUAAAAUUUGUAACAUCUAAUAACCUAAUAGGUAAAAAAUGGGAGUAAAGUAAAUAAUCAAAGUUCAAUAAUACCGAAUUCAAAUUGGUUCAACUAGAAUGA